AACAAAAAACCAAUUGAGAAAAAGUUAUAAAAUAAUAGAGUAAAUGCAAAAACGCCUGGUGUUAUAGCGCCCACACUUCAAUGAACUUAUGUUGUGAUUCAUUUUCGGUGUUUUCGGAGAUUUGAGAGCUCAAAAUUCUUAGAUUUCGUAAGCCGAUCGAGAUGGCUUUGGCAAACAUUUCGCCCCAGGCUGUGACAAUGUGUCAGUCACUAAAAGAGAACAGGAAUCACCUGAAAACUCAGAACUUGAAGCAGAAAAAAAAGAAAAAAAAAAACAAACACGAUGCAUGAAUUUUGCGCCGUUUGCCUUGGCAAACUUCGUCGGCAGGUGAACACCCCGUGCAAACAUACAUUCUGCAAGGACUGUCUCUGUAAGGUCUACGAUCGGAGCCCCGCCAAAGCGUGUCCCCUCUGCCGGGCGCCCUUAGAGUACUAUAUCAUCCAGAGGAACAACACUAUAAAAAUUGUUUUUUUUUCAUAAAAUGUUAUUGUACCAACUCUUCUGUUCUGUUGAUUGUUCUGUUCUGUUCUGUUUAAUUGUUAACAAGUUGUGUUUAAAAACCUGUUAGUUGUUUUGUUUAAUUUAUGCGUGCACUCUAUAAAGUGAUUCAAACGAUUGUUCAAUGAAUCCCCGCUCAAGGUAAGUUGAACCAUAAUCGUAAUUCAUUUUUAAAAGCAAUAUUAUUUCAGCAGUUGUAAAUAACUUAAUAAAACGUUAAAAUUUGAAUUGGUACCUACAUUAUCGUGGGUUUCACUGCAGCAAGAUUUUUAAAGACUUAUUUUUAAAAUAAAUGAAAAGUAUGAAUUGAACUUAUGUGAUACAUUUUUACAUUUUUAAAUUUGUCAUGCAGCAAAUAGAUUUUGUAAUAACAAUUUUGGGCGAAUUACUGAACCAAGCUUUUAAAAAGUUUUAAUUAGAAAACAUAUUAAACAUCGAAAAACUGAAGGUAUAAAAAAAGACAACCACUUUUCAACUAUAAAAUCUACAUGGUAAAAAUGUUAUGGUAUAUUAAAUAAAAAUGUAUGUUUUUCCCUAACGUUUGAAUCAUAGUUUUGAAUGCACAGUGUGGGCUAUAUUCUUAUAAUGUGCUUUAAGUCUUUUGAAACAAAAAAGGAAGUAUUAUGUUUUUUUCCUUGUUUUUUAAGAUU